UCAAUGCAGAGCUGAACGCCUUGACAGAGAGUGCAGAGCGUCCACCGUAGCGGAGCGGCGGCGACGGUGCGACACCAUGCGCGCUCCGGCGAUACUGCUGCACCGCAGCACGGCCGCCGCCGGCCUCAGCGAGCCUCCGUCGCUGCUGCCGCCUCGGCCCGAGCAGCAGACAUCGCUUGUGGUCACCGUGCACUCGGACAUGGUGGUGAUCCUGGCGUCGCUGCUGUGCGUCCUCAGCUGCGUCCUCGGCCUCGCCCUCCUGUCCCGGCACGCGUGCCGCCGACGACCCUCUGACCGCUACCCUCCUCCCCCCACGGGCCUCAGGAAGAAGGCAAUCGACGCGCUCCCCACCGUCUCCUUCGCCGCGGCCGCCUCGUCGUCGUCGGAGUGUGCUAUAUGCCUGGCGGAAUUUGCCGACGGGGAGGCCGUGCGCGUGCUCCCAGGAUGCGGCCACGGCUUCCACAUCGCCUGCGUCGACGCCUGGCUCCGGACGCGCGCCUCGUGCCCGUCCUGCCGGGCCUCCAUCGUUGCCACGCCCAUGCAGAUGCAGGUACAGCCAGCGGCGGCGCCCACCGUGGUAGUCGUCGUGGCAGGGAAUAGCAGGUGCGGGAGAUGCGGCGAGCUGACGGCGGCGGCCGGUGCACGCGCCGCGGAUGGCGCGGUCUUGGCUUAGUCAGGUUUGUAGGUACUGUUCGCGUGCUUCAUUUUACUCGGCCUCUGCUUCAUUUUGGCAGCUCCUCUGCAAAGCAAAACUUGUGGUGUUUAAGA